UGACCUUUAGAAGGAUGAAACAAAUGCUGUGAAGUAGAGAGAGAAAGUUUUUAAAGAUUGGAACCUGGCUUGAUGUUCUUUCCCUGUGGAUCACAGAAAGAAAAGAAAAAAACAACAGGUAUGCAGCCGUGCAUUCCCUUGGUAAGAACCUGGAGGAAAAGGGAGGAUCCAGGACUCUCACUGCCUUUCAUCCAGUGAAGAAGAAAAAUGGUGACACUAUGUGGACCUGAGCUUCUACUGCAAUGAAGGGAAUUGCUUAAAAUCCUUAAACUGGAGAAAAAAACAAUAAAAUAUCACUCAGACAUAAGUGGGGUUUGCCACACAAUCUCCAAAGUCUGUGCAAUUUUAGGAAUAUUCAUAGAAUAUCAUUCAAAUUAAAACCUUCACAUAUCACAAACACAUCGUUUAUAUUUAAUAUGCCGAGUAAUUUAUUUCUCAUUAUUUUGACGGUUAUUGAUUACAGAUAAGUGAAAACACAAAAUUCAGAUUCUUUGUAGAAUCAAGUAUUAUAUAAGUCCAAAUUUAUAUAUAUUUUUACUGUAUGAAUGUUAUAUUAUAUUGUGAUCUGUAUAGUCAUAGGGAAGACUGAUUGGUUCUGUUCUUAUCAGGUCUGACUUGGUCAUUAUAAAUCUGAAACAAACGUUACAUAUGGGGUUCCUCAAGGUUCCGUUCUCAGCCCCGUUUUGUUUACUGUGUUCUAUCCUCUGCUGAUCUCCUCGAUACCUCUCUGCAUUAAAGCAAUCAUAAAGGAGCCCAGACCAAGUACUAAGUGGAUAAUAUUGUACUGUACAUGGACAUAGUUUUUAGAGGGCUUACUAUAUUAAAAUCUUUCAGUCGUAUGUAAUAUUAAGUUUUUCUGAAUAACUUAAAUUAGCAGUAAAACAUAUUUAUCAAAAUGCCCAAAAUUAGGGCUGCAACUUAUGAUUAUUUUACUAAUCUUGGAUUCUGACAAGAUUCUGAGCAAUUGGAUUUAAAAAAACGCAUAUUUUAUACAAUAUCAAAAAUAGAUGUAAAAUGAAAUUUAACAAAUAUUUAAUUUCCUCUUUUAAAUAAUAAAAGAAACUUUUAUCUGCCUAAAAUGCAAUGUCAGAAUGUGUUUAGUGAAUCCUUGAUCAUUUGUAGACAAGGAAGCAUCUACAGCUAAAAAAAAUAUAUAUAUAUUUCUAACAUCAAAAAGUGAAAACAUCAACCCUUUCUGCUGGACUUAAUAUCAAUGCAGUUUUGGGUUGAUCUUUGGUUUUUGGAUUAGCCCAUUAGCAAUUAAAUAGUAAAAUGUGCUUAUAGAAUUUUUUUUUUUUUUUUUUUUACAGAAUUUGAACCAGAUAAAAGUAAAACUGCCACUUGAGGAGUUCUGGAUAGAACAUAUUUACAGACAAAAAAAAGGGUUUUCAUCUUAAAUUCAAAAUGGAUCUUUUUUUUGUACAGUUUUGUCUUUUUAGGGUCUGGAUUCUCCAGCAAACGGUCAUCUGAAUACUAAAUUAGAUGCUGAUUAUUUCAAUAAUUGAUUCAUCUGAUUAAUUCUCUCAUCCCUACUUGACAUCAGUAUCCAUAAAUAUUGGAACUAUUAUGAGGUUCUCUAUUUUAACUGAAUUAUUGACAUGAAUAGAUUUCUUGACGUAUUAUGAUGUGACCUGGAACUAUAAUCUGACACAGUGAGAAAAUCCUUUUCUCUUGAAUCUGUUUGCUUUGUUUUACUAAACCUCUGUGUUGUGUUUUGUUUUGUUUUGCUGAAACUAACAGUCCACUUAUCUCAGCAGUAAUCUUUUGUGAUGUUGGUCUGAUGAAAUCGUGGCAGCACCCAGGCUGCUGUCCAAAGGUUUUUAUCUCUCCUAAGUCAGGCUUGUUGUUUGCAGUCUGCGUCAGCUGCUUUGCCGAUCCACCCGCACAUUUAUCUCAGUGCUAUGGAAUCGCCGUAACACACAGUAACCAUGGACAGACAGUUGGGUCGGACUCUCCUGAUGCUGCUUCUCUGCCGUAUAGGCAUCAGCGCCUGUCCAUACAAAUGCCAAUGCUUCACUGAGCUUCAAGUGCUGUGUGCCGAUGAGAGGAUGUCGGCUUUACCCAGGGACAUCUCCAGACAGGUCAGGGAGGUUAUUAUAAUGACGUCCUCCUUGGCGUACCUCUUUUCCCACUCGCUGAUGGAGAGCCCACAGCUCACCAAGCUCAUCUUCCUAAACAAUGCCCUGAAAAGUAUCCACUUGAGCGCGUUUGAGGAUCUGACCGAGCUCCAGGAACUGGAGAUCAGCGGGAAUUCCCUGCUGGAUCAUCUCUACCUGGGAACCUUCUCCAAGCAGGAGAAGCUAACCAAACUGCUGCUCAACUACAACAGCCUGAAAACAAUACUUCCUGGGCUGUUUGACCCUCUGACACAGCUGGAGGUUCUGCAGAUGAAGAGCAACGUGUUGUCAGAUCUACCUCCGUUCCUUUUCCGGAACCUCAGCUCGCUGCGCGUUCUUGAUCUCUCCCAAAACAGAAUCCAAAAAGUCACAGGAGAGACCUUUUCUGGCCUGGCCAGUUUGGAGAUUCUGAAGUUGGGCAACAACCUCAUUGGCAACCUCACGUCUGACACGUUCCGCAACACUUCGCAGCUCAUCGAGCUUCACCUAGAGUGGAACGGGAUAGCGCAGCUCAACGACGGCGUCUUCUCUGCGUUGGCAAACCUGAGUGUGCUGAACCUCCGUGGGAACCGCCUGACAGCCUUCGCCGAUAAAGUCUUCGGAGGGGAGCCAACAAAUCUAACAGAGCUGAACCUCAAAAGCAACAGACUGACUGAGUUGUCUCUGGAGAGCCUGAUCUCACUGACAGAUCUCACGUUGUCGGACAACCAGCUUUCCAGCCUCACAGAAAACCUUUUCAGAAAUCUAACCUUCUUGGAGAGCCUGGACCUGUCUGACAACCAGCUCACCUCUCUGCCUGAAGGGAUCUUUAAAAACCUGUUGAGCAUUUUGGUGAUCAACUUCCACAAUAACAGCCUGACUGAGCUAGACUCCAAACUGUUUCAGGACCAGAUUUUACUUAAGAGGCUCUACCUGUCCGACAACAAGCUGGAGACGCUCCAGCUGGGACUUUUCGAUCAAUUUAUCUUGCGGCCAACGGUGAGGCUUCACGGGAACCCCUGGAGGUGCGAAUGCCAGCUGUGGUAUCUUCACGACUGGCUAAUGCAGAACUUACAGGACGUGGAGCUGUCGGACCUGGUGGCCUGCGAGAGGCCAGACUCUCUGAGAAAACGAACCCUGGUUUCCAUCAGCAGGGAUCAGUUGGUCUGUCACCUGCCGGCAGACCGGAUGCCUGAGCCGAACUCCUGCAGCCUGCAAGUAUCUAACGACACCGUGGUCGUCAGGUGCAGCGUGGAAAAGUGCUCUCCCCUGACGGUUAAAGUGCAGUUUCAAGAGGAAAAUGGUGAGGUUAGGGAGCACAUUUUGGAAAAAGAGUCUGAUAAAGCUCAAUGUAGCAAUGAGACGCUGAGAGAGAGCACCAUCGAUUAGCUUCAAGGACUUUGUCCAGUGAUCAAAUUCUUUCUUCACACCAGGGGUCGAUGAUGUUGCCUGACUGUUAGUCAGCACUGUAAGCAAAUAUCUGACUCCCCGACUGAUAACCAGUAUGAAGAAAUGCUGCUAGAUGAGAGAGUGUGGAUAAAGCUCUUUUUGUGCAAACUUUAGCUAGUUGUUUUUUUAUUUAAGGUCCUGCAGUGAUUUAAAAGAACGAGUACUGAUAAAACAGAAAAUGUGCAUAUGUAUUUACUCAGAUGCCCCUAAAUAAAAUUUAGUGCAACAAAAUGUCUUCAGAAGUCAUCCAAUCACAAAAGUCCACCUGUGUGUAAUUUAAUCCUGGACACACUUGCUCCAGUGAGCUAAUAUCUGAGCUACCUUUUGGCUCAGCGCUUUAGCAUUUUUUUGCUAACCUUGAAAACAUUUGCCGCGCGUAGUUUCCCAAGUUUAUUUUCCGGAAAAUAAACUUGGGAAAUACAAUCUAACUUAAAAUUCUUUUUUUUAUGACCUUCCAGGUGAAUACAUUUUGACAUCUGAAUAAAAAAGUAAAACUUCUGUUUGACCUGUGUUUUUAAUUUGAUCAUUUUGUGGGAGUUGCUACUUUUCUUAAAUUCAGUGGCAUAAAUUGGACAAAAAAAA